GCCCUCGACCAGUCGCAGUCCGCCUCUGUUAGUAUCACCACUACGAAGAUGCCGUCCUCUAACAGUUUGAAAAAACCCCCAUCAAGGUCCCUCAGCAAGCAGGACGAGUUGCUCAACAUCCAGACUCAGUACUUUGUCAAAAUCGAGGAUUUGAAACUGAGCAAAAAAGACAAAGUCAAGAGGUUUCUCUACGAUCCCGAAACGAAAAAAGUCUGCGGAAGGACACCGGCCAGUUGGUCCAAAAUCGGGCUCUUCUACUUGAUUUUCUAUGGCAUGCUUGCGGCCCUCGUGGCCAUCUGCAUGUGGGUCUUCCUCCAAACGCUGGACCCGCGCAUCCCUAAGUGGCAACAAGACGGUUCCGUGAUUGGGACCAAUCCGGGGCUCGGGUUCCGCCCCAUGCCCAAAGACAACGAAGAGAGCACCCUGGUGUGGCUCCAAGGCACCAACAAAAUCAACUACUUGAAUUGGUUCGACAACAUCAUGGAGUUUUUGGACAAAUAUUACACUCCUGGAAAAGUCGCAAAAGGCAACGCUUAUUUGAAAACUUGCUCGUAUACAGAGUGGCCCACUGAAACGGAAGUGUGCGAAGUGGACGUCAAAGACUGGGGUGAUUGCAGUAGAGACCAGUAUUUUAAUUAUUACAGAAGCUCACCCUGUAUAUUUUUGAAAUUGAACAAGAUUUAUGGUUGGGUGCCCGAGUACUACGAUGACCCGAAUGACCUUCCGGAGGACAUGCCCCGACAGUUGAAAGAGCACAUCAGAAAUAUCACAAGACCUGAAGAACGGUGGAACAUUUGGGUGUCUUGCGAGGGUGAAAAUCCCGCCGAUGUGGAAUACCUAGGACCGAUCCAGUUCUACCCCCCUAUUCAGGGAUUCCCGGGGUAUUAUUUCCCGUUUUUGAACUCGGAGGGGUAUCUCAGUCCCUUGGUGGCGGUCCGUUUUAUGCGACCAGUUUCCGGUAUUGUUAUCAAUAUUGAGUGUCGAGCUUGGGCGAAGAAUAUCCGUUACAACCGAGCCGACAGGAUGGGUUCGGUUCACUUCGAGCUUCUGAUUGAUUAACACUCCAAAAUUUUAUUUUAUUUAUGUUUUACCAAUGUGGUAUUAGUUGGCAGCACUGGUGGACUUGCCAAAGUGUAAAGUGGCAUCUAUUUGUAUUUGAAUUGUGUUCGUUUUAAUUGAUAUUAAUUAAAUGACAUGUAAAUAUGGUUUCACUUUGUUGUUACUCAAUAAAGAUUUUACUCUUUCAGAA